AUGUCGUUAGAAGAAACAGAACCAGUAAACCAGACUCUAGAUCAUGUCCUAGGCUGGCUUGAGGAUUCUAUGUCCUUGACCCCAUUACCAGAGUUCGAUGAUUCUGAUUUACUCCACGAGUUUGAUGGGUCUCAAACUUGGGAAUGGGAUCAGACUCAAGAUCCGGAACAUGGUUUUAUUCAAAGCUAUAGUCAAGAUCUUAGUGCAUGUGGGGGUUUUGAAGCAACUAACCUGGAACUGGUAUCAGAAGCUCCAUUCAUGUAUUCGGAUCCUCCGCCUCAACUUCAGCAACCAAACGAUCAAUCCAGAAAAAGGAGCAGUAACGAGCUUAUCCAGCCCCAACAUGUGAAAAGAUCAGCAAGGAGCAAGAAAAAAUCAAACAAGUCUAGUGAGAAGAGCUCCAAAGAUGGUAACAAGGAAGAGAGGUGGGCAGAGCAACUACUUAACCCUUGUGCCUUGGCAAUUACGUCAAGGAACUCAUCAAGGGUUCAACACUACCUUUGUGUUCUCUCUGAACUGGCCUCUUCUUCUGGAGAUGCUAAUCGUCGGCUUGCAGCUUUUGGUCUCCGCGCUCUGCAACAUCAUCUUUCCUCAUCCUCUUCGCCUGUUGUUACCUUUGCUUCAGCAGAAGCGAAGAUGUUUCAGAAGACUUUGCUUAAGUUCUAUGAGGUAAGUCCAUGGUUUGCUUUGCCUAAUAACAUGGCAAACUCAGCUAUCCUGCAGAUUCUAGCACAAGAUCCCAUAGAUAAAAAAAAGGAUCUUCAUAUAGUUGAUAUUGGUGUUUCUCACGGUAUGCAAUGGCCCACUUUGCUGGAGGCUCUAAGCGGAAGACCAGAAGGACCUCCUCAUCGUGUUCGAAUAACCGUUGUAUCCGAACCAUCCUCAGACAUACCUUUCUCUGCUGUUCCACCAGCAUACAGUUAUGGUACUCGACUCAUUGGCUUUGCUCGGUCUCUCAACAUCAACCUCCAUAUCAGUGUACUUGACAAGUUCCAACUCAUUAAUACCUCACCUCACGAGAACUUGAUCGUGUGUGUUCAGUUUAGGCUGCAUCAGCUGAAUCAUAGCAUGCUUGAUGAGAGAGGUGAGGCUUUGAUUGCACUGAGGAGUUUGGGGCCAAAAGGAGUGGUUCUUUGUGAGAACAAUGGAGAAUGUACUAGUAUUGGGGACUUUGCAGCAGGGUUCUCGAUGAAACUUGAGUAUCUAUGGAAGUUUCUGGAUUCAACAAGCUCGGGAUUCAAAGAAGAAGAUAGCGAAGAGAGGAAGCUAAUGGAAGAAGAGGCAACAAAAGUGUUGAUGACUGGAGAAUAUGUGAAUGAAGGAAAAGAGAAAUGGUUUGAGAGGAUGAUAAAAGCUGGUUUUGUUGCAGAAGAAUUUGGAGAAGAUGCAAUUGAUGGAGCCAAGUCCUUACUGAGAAAGUAUGACAACAACUGGGAAAUAAGAAUGGAAGAUGGAGGUACCUUUGCUGGAUUAAUGUGGAAAGGAGAAUCAGUUUCCUUUUGUUCCUUGUGGAAGUAA